UGCGCUGAAAUGCUCGCUCACCAUGCCUGUGGAUCCCUUCACUUGACUAAUUAGCCUUGAAGUGCUGUUGAAGAUCAUCAUAUUUAGCUUAGCGGCAGAGUGCAGACAGAUAUAGUGUAGGCUGGCUAGAGGCUGGGUGCCUGGUAGUGGACAAGCUCUCUAUCUCCUUCUCUCUCUCUCUAUUCUCACUCAGUGGCGAGCGACGGAAGCGAGGGGCUGGUUUUGCUUUGAAAGAGACGAAAAGGGGAAAAGAGAAAGAAGCGGAACCGAGACCACAACGCAACUACAGAAUGGGAGUCCGCUGCAGGAGCAAAUCCUCCUAGAGACACAGACUUGGAGGAGCAUUGGUCAUACAAGCAGAAGCACCGCUUACAACAAACAAAGAUUUAAGAUGAUUGACAGUCAGUUGUCAGCUCAAAGGAGGGCGAUGAGGAGCCUUCCUGAUGACAGCAUGCUGAAGACCAGCACCUACAUCGUGCCCUGCUUCCUCUUAGUGGAGCUGGUCAUCAUGGCAGGGACUGUGCUGUUGGCGUACUACUUUGAGUACACGGACACGUUCCCCGUGCACAUCCAGGGCUUCUUCUGUUUCGACAAAGCCUACUCCAAGCCGUUCCCGGGACCAGAGGACAACAGCAAGGCACCGCCUGUCCUCGUCUACUCCCUAGUAACCGCCAUCCCCACUGUGACGAUUCUGAUCGGGGAAGUGACCAGUUUCUUUGUGAAGGCAGAGGGAGCUCAGGAGAAGACCAUAGUGACCGCUGACUGCUGUUACUUCAACCCCCUCCUCCGAAGGAUCGUACGUUUUCUGGGUGUCUACUCCUUCGGCCUCUUCACCACCACCAUCUUUGCCAACGCAGGUCAAGUGGUGACAGGAAACCAGACGCCUCACUUCCUGUCCGCCUGCAAGCCAAACUACACAGCUCUGGGCUGCCAGUCUCCGCUGCAUUACAUCGCAGAGCGCAGAGCCUGCACAGGAAACCCUUACCUGGUGGCGUCCGCCCGCAAAUCCUUCCCCUCCAAAGACGCAGCGCUCAGCUUUUACUCAGCCAUCUACACAGUGAUGUAUGUGACCCUGGUGUUCCGGACCAAAGGGACACGCCUGACUAAGCCCACCCUGUGCCUGGUGCUGCUGUCCCUGGCCGUGCUGGUGGGGGUGGUGAGGGUGACUGAACACAGGAACCACUGGAACGAUGUCCUGGCUGGGUUUGUCACCGGAGGGGCCAUCGCUGCCUUCCUGGUGUCAUGUGUGAUCAACAAUUUCGAGCAAACCCAAAUAUCCAUGCCGAGUCCCCCACCACAUCAGCGUCCAGAGCCCCCGAUCGGCAUCCCUCUUCUCAGCCUGCCCCGCGUGGAGAGUCCACUCGAAAAGUUAAGUGGCCUCCAGGCUCCAGGGCUACCGUAUUCUGAGAUCACAUGACCAUCAGCCAAUCCCAUCCCCAACCCCUCCCGAUGUGCUCCUCCCGUCACGACGUUGCCUCACCAGCGCAGUCUAGACCUUCCCACUGAAUGCCCCCCGCCCUGCCGUGCCCACCCCGAAGGACGACAUCCUCUCAGACGAGUCAAAUCUACGCAGGUCUGAAGGUCCACCAAUCACAGGAGGCAGAACAGCGACACGUGCACAUGGCUGAAACCUGUCAUCCGCUAAGGACCAAUCUUUGACGGAUCCAUGUCCUUCUGUCCAGUUUUGUCCUGUUUGUCCUCCACAAUGGCCUCCUAUUUCUUUCAGGUGUUGAAGACCCAAUGAAAGAAUCGCCAAAGCCAGAGCUGUUGAAGCAAUACUGUGUCCUAACUCCUUCUCCUGGUUUCCACAAAGACCCAACAGUGACUCUAAAGACUGUUGGCUGGUGAUGACUUGGUAAAUUAAAGAAAAACUGACAGUUUGGGGAUCGAAGGAAAGUCCAAUCACCGGUGGAUCGCCCUCAUCAGACUAUUUUGCAACGCUCAGGACAAUACAGUGGAAAACAGGACAACAUUUAAAAAAAACAUACCUUUAUGGAAUCGAAAUGCAGGUACUGUGGAGUAUUAUGGUACAGAUUUUUAUUUCUGUCCUCAAAAAUAACAAGAGUUGAAGAAGAAAGCACCUUUGUAAAUGAUGGCACAGAUGAACCAAUUUAGUGUUCAAUGAACUGUGUUGUAUCUUAUUUGUUAUGGGGGGAUUUAGGAUUGAUCUCUUGCUGUAUAUUGUGUGAAGUGACAGAAGAGAGAUUUAUACACACUACAGCUGUGCUUGUGAUACCAUGUUUGUUUGAGGCAUCAGUUAAUUCAUCCUUGAAGUGAACUGGACUAGAUUUCCAUCAACUCUCCAAAUAUCUUUUAUCUACUUACUAUUCAGGUGUGUGUUUCUAAAUGUCUGUAGGUUGUACAUUCAUGCUGUGGAACAUUUGGAAGGUUUUAUCAUUUGACUUACUGCCUUUUCUUUUUUGAGUUCUUUGUUUGUGUAAUGCUGCAUUUCUAUUGCAUAUUUCAGAAGUGCUUUACUCGACAAGACUCACAUUUUCUCCCGCCGAAACUGAGGAUCAAAGCAAACAAUGCAGACCACAGAUUGGUCAGAGCAUGCUCAUCAUCAUAACAUGGUACAUGUUUUUAAAUAGCCAAAUCUGCCCUCAAUAGAAACCUAAUUUAAAAAAUGCCCAAAAUUGCGCCCUACAAUUGCAGAUAUUUUUUCGAGUUGCUUCUGAAAGGACUUAAAAAAUAACCUAAUACCAGGUUUAAGUCUAGUCGAGUCGAGCAGAACAGUACCGUGCAGUGGAAACACAGCAUUAGUUUGCAUAGAUUUGACACUUUAUUUCUCCCAUACCACUUUCAUAUGUGUAAUUUUUAUACCUUUAAAAUACCAGUAUCUUGUUAUUGUAUUUGCUUCUUUUACUUUUCAUAUUUAAUGUUUUUUAAGAAUAUUUCAAAAUCACUUGUUGAUGCUCCCAUUUAUCCGUCCUGUCCAGUUAUUUCCUGCUUCAGCCCCCCAUCCUUUCAUCACAAUUACUUUAGGAUACCAAUGGCACAGACCAGUGUGUAAGACUUCUGAAUUUUGUAAAGUUUUGUACAGUAUAUAGGUUUCUUUACACAGUAUAUACAACUUUUUCAUUACGUUUGAAUUGUGUGAACAAUGUGAAACUAUCUGAAGCUGUCUUGUAGGAACGUGUGUAGUUGCCUGGCCAUGAGCAGGAAUGUAGCGCGGUGUAGGAGUGUGCAAGAUCUCACAACAUACAGCUGGUGUGUGUGGCUCAGGAGAACACUGCUAGCAUGUUAUUCUAGUAGAAGAUUGUGCGAAGAGCUAUAUAAAGAAGAAAUUGCUAUGGUCUUGUGUGUGUGUGUGUGUGUGUGUGUGUGUGUGUGUGUGUGUGUGUGUG